AUGCGGGGUUUUCUCUCGGACUGCAAAAAACACGAGAAAGCGAAGUCACACAUGAGUGCAUUUAAGACCUGGAAAACGUUCAGUGCUCGCGAGGCUUGUGACCUGAUGGUAGAUGUGAUGAUUUCACAGGCAAGAAGAGAGGAAAUCAAACGCCACAACGAGGAGGUAAGGCAGAAUAGGGAAAUGUUAAAGACCGUUACCAAUGCUGUUCUGCAUUUAGGCAAACAAGAGAUGCCAUUUAAGGGCCAUGAUGAAUCUAGUGACAGCUUGAAUAAAGGUAAUUAUAGGGAAUUGCUUGAAUGUUUUGCUGAACUUGAUUCUGUCUUUGAACGACGUUUGCAUGGGCGAUUAGCCGAGUCUGGGGGAGGUGGGGAUAGUCGGUUUACUGGUGUAUCCUCUGAUACACAAAAUGACCUUAUUCAUUGUCUUGAUGCUGUCAUUGAAGAUCAGAUUGUACAGGAAUUAAAUGACUGCACUUUCCUCAGUGUUCAAGUUGAUGAAACAACAGAUGUGUCAACAAAAGAGCAGUUUAAUUAUAAUUGUCCGAUUAGACAGUGGCAGUGA